UAGACAGCCUCUUGACACGUUCUACAAAAACAAUUGUAAUCCAUCCGGACACUAUCUGAAUUAUUUCUUGUUAGUAUUUUUUGGAAUUAGAAUUAUUAUACAGAGGAAUUAAAUAAAUGAUUAACAACGGAAUGUGUGAAGAUUUUUGUGAUUGUCUUAAGCUGGGUAUCUUACAUAUCCCAUCUGGACGAUUUCUUACAGCAGAAGUGUUUAACAAUGAAAUUAAUAUUUCUGGAACAGCAUUAAGACGGCGCCAAGUUUGGACACUAAUCACCGAUCGAAAGCAUAAUGAUACUUUAUUUUUACAAAAUUCUUUGGGUCGUUUUCUAUCAGUUAACAAAGAUGGAAAGAUAAACACAUCACCGAAAUCAGAUUCUGAGGAACGUUUCCGUUUGGAAUUUGCACCAGAUGGUACCGGUGAAUGGGCUUUCAAAUCCGACACAUAUGGUUUCUAUUUAUCUGGUUCAGAUACUCAAGUUUCAUGCUUUUCUAAGUCUCCUGUUUGGUGGUCAGUUCGUUUAGCUACACAUCCUCAAGUGCAUAUUCGUCAUCAAUUCCGUUCACGUUACCUACGUCUCCUAAAUGAUGGCCUUGAGCUUCGAGCUGAUCAACCUUACCCAUGGGGUUCAGAAUCUGUUAUUUGGAUUGAACAACCUACAAUGGCCACAGGUCAAGGUUUAGCUCGAGGUCCAAGUGUUCCUGUGGUUGGUAAAGUUGCAGUAUCACGUCUUGGUCGUGUUGCCUUCAGAAUGCCGAAUGGAAAGUAUUUAAAGCCUAGUGGAGAGAUGUCUGAUGAAAUGGAUGACUCUACUUUGUUUUCUAUUGAAUAUCGUCCAGGUAAUCCAGGAACAUUUGCUUUUCGUGAUCAAAAAGGCUACUAUUUAACUACAAUAGGACCUGGAACAACUAAAGUGAAAACAAAUACAACAAAUAUUGGUAAAGAAGAACUCUUCUUAAUUGAACAUGCUGCCUUACAAAUCGGUAUAUUGGCACAUAAUGGUAAAUUCGCUUCAGUUAAACAAGGUGUUGAAAUUUCUGCAAAUCAACAUGAAUUAGAUGAAACGGCUAUCUUUCAAUUGGAGUAUAUCGGUGGGAAAGGUUAUAACGCAUUGGAAGCUGUAGCAGCUAAUCCAACUCCAGCUCAGAUAACUGGUCCAGAUGGUGAUACAUUUAAUACUACUACUACUACUACUAAUAAUAAUAAUAGUAAUGCUAGUCUGUUAAACAACCAUUCCAUUACUACCAAUGGUGUUCAUUCAGAUGUCUACUUUUUAACAACAGGAUUCUGGCGUUUACGUUCACGUAGUGGAAAGUUAUGGAAACUUGCUCCUUCAUCUGGUGUCAAGAAUACAGCUUCCGAUGGAGAUCAAGAUAGUCUGUUUGAAAUGUUAACUUUGAAUAAGCCAAGUGAUAAACGACUUCGUCAACUAGUAUUUCGUACAAAUACUCCAUCUGAUAGCGGUGUUGGACAGUCUUUAACUGCUCGUAAACUUGGUGCUGUUUCUAGUAGCGGUCGUCCAGUUGAUGAAACUCAAUCUCCAUCUCCAGAGGAAUUAUUCAAUAUUGUCUUGACCAAUAGAACAUCAAUUGUCUUCCUUUCUCAACUGACUGGUGGAUUUCUAGUACGUGGGAAACAGAAUAUUCUUGAUUCGAAUGGAGUAGCCUAUGAACCAUUCUAUAUUCGUGUAACAAAAAGGCAUACGUACAGAUUUUUUGCACGGAAUCAAAACUCAACCUAUUCAGUAUGGACUACAGGUGUUGAUGGCUCCUUACAACUUGAACCUACACAACAGACACCGAAUAAUGAUGAUAGCAAUGAUGAUGACAAAAGUGUCAGUGAUACUGAUUCUAAAUAUGAAUUCCAAUUACAUUUCCUUGGUCAUGGUCGAGUGCUAAUACAGUCAUUGAACUAUCAACGUGGUUCAACUGCUUUAGUAAAAUCUGAAAUUAAAGGUGAUGUCAAAUUGGACGUACCAGGAGAAUUAACAGCUAAUUAUAUUUGGGAAAUUUAAUAACAAAUCACCAUUAUUUUAUCGAUUAUUAUGCAAAACAUAUUUAUUCAUAUAUCAUAAAAGUAAUGAUAGAAAAUUUCAUUGAUUUUCAAUGUUACACAGUUCUUUUUGUUCUAUUUGGAGUGACUACAGUGCGUUUGAUUGAAUGGUGAUUGUUACAGAAAUCGUUAAAGGAAUAGUUCACAAUUUUGAUUUUCAAUUUUUUAAUCGUUACUCAUGAUGCUACUCAUUAAACAUUUCAGUAGUUCAUUUCUCGAUAUUAAAGAUUUUAGUAAAUUUGGUAGUAGAUAUGGCUGAAAUAUUUCACAUUUUUCUUUUGUUAUCCUUUUAUGAUGCUUUUUUUUUUACCAUUGGCACUUGCAUAUUCAUCAGUAAUACUAAUCAUUCUUUCAGAAAAGAUACACUUAAGAACUAAUUGUAAAUUCUUUUCCGAAUUUUGUGAAUUUAUUUUAUGGUUUUCACAUAAUUGAAAGGUAUAAAUUAUUUUUUCUUUCAUAUUGCCAUUCCAUUGUGGUGAACUUUCGAAAAAAAAAAUUCAUACAUACAUACUUAGGCAUAAAAUGCUUACAACUUUGUUAUUUUUAUGUUGUGUACUAUGUGUUGAGGGGAAAAUGUUAAUGAAACUUAUGAAUUAGAACAUAAGGUAUCCGAUUAUUUUUAAUCAACGGAAGAGUAUGCACUUUGAACCAACUAUUUACCACAGUACGAUGUAACAUUGAAAAGUAGAUUAUAUAAAAAGGAAAGCUACAACAUUCGAAUAUAAGUUUAUGGUACCAAUGUAUGAAGUAGGUUUAAGCCAUGUAGGACGAUGCAGACUAGGUGGUUGGGGUCCACGGGACAAGAGGAACCAGUGGUUGGAGACCCUAGGUGAUAUGGCUCAGAACCGAAGUCAGUGGCGCAGAUGUAUACACACAUUAUCCUCAUCUUAACAACGCUAUACCGAAUCUCACUAUUUUGUCACUCCUCUUUCCUUUCUUCUCGUACUUUAUAUUUCUUUUGACUGCAUUCACUUAUCUUCAUCCUUCACCUCACUACCUUUUUACUUGAUGUGCUGAUAUGAGGUGUGGCAACUCGGACCGUUACGCAGUAAUGCCUGGUCCUAUGUUGAUAAUGAUGAUGAUUUUGGAAGAAAAUAUCUCAUCCUUAGUGUAUUUACUGAAUAAAGACAAGUAAAGUGAUUAGUCUUUGG